AUGAGAGAGAUUAUUCACAUAUCAACAGGUCAAUGUGGUAACCAGAUCGGUGCUGCGUUCUGGGAAACUAUUUGUGGUGAACAUGGGUUGGAUUUCAACGGUAACUACCAUGGCCACGACGAUUUACAAAAAGCUAAACUAGGUGUCUAUUUCAAUGAAGCUUCUUCCGGUAAAUGGGUGCCAAGAUCCGUCAACGUCGAUUUAGAACCGGGGACUAUCGAUGCUGUUAGAAACUCUGCUAUGGGUAACUUAUUCAGACCUGACAACUACAUUUUUGGUCAAUCUUCGGCAGGUAAUGUUUGGGCAAAAGGUCAUUACACUGAAGGUGCCGAAUUAGUCGAUUCGGUUCUAGAUGUUAUUAGAAGGGAAGCUGAAGGUUGUGAUUCUUUGCAAGGUUUCCAAAUUACACAUUCCUUAGGUGGUGGUACCGGUUCAGGUAUGGGUACGCUAUUGAUUUCCAAGAUAAGAGAAGAGUUUCCAGAUAGAAUGAUGGCUACUUUCUCCGUGGUGCCUUCUCCAAAGACGUCAGACACCGUUGUGGAGCCAUAUAACGCCACUUUAUCCGUACAUCAAUUAGUCGAACAUUCAGAUGAAACGUUCUGUAUCGACAACGAGGCUCUGUACGAUAUUUGUCAAAGAACUUUAAAGUUAAACCAACCUUCCUAUGGAGAUUUAAACAAAUUGGUAUCCAGUGUCAUGUCUGGUGUCACCACUUCUUUACGUUAUCCAGGUCAAUUGAAUUCAGAUUUAAGAAAAUUGGCAGUCAAUUUGGUGCCAUUCCCAAGACUACAUUUCUUCAUGGUUGGUUAUGCGCCAUUGACAGCCAUUGGCACACAGUCCUUCAGAUCUUUAAGCGUGCCAGAGUUGACACAACAAAUGUUCGAUGCUAGAAAUAUGAUGGCUGCUUCGGACCCAAGAAAUGGUAGAUACUUGACUGUCGCUGCCUUCUUCAGAGGUAAAGUAUCAGUUAAAGAAGUAGAAGAUGAGAUGCUAAAGGUUCAAACCAGAAAUUCGUCGUAUUUCGUCGAAUGGAUUCCAAACAAUGUCCAAACUGCAGUAUGUUCCGUUCCUCCAAAAGAUCUCGAUAUGUCCGCCACCUUCAUUGGUAACUCCACUUCCAUCCAAGAAUUAUUCAAGAGAGUUGGUGACCAAUUCAGCGCUAUGUUCAAGAGAAAAGCUUUCUUGCAUUGGUACACAAGUGAAGGUAUGGAUGAAAUGGAAUUUUCAGAAGCUGAGUCUAACAUGAACGAUUUAGUAAGUGAAUACCAACAAUACCAAGAAGCUACUGUAGAAGAUGAUGAAGAAGAAAUUGAUUACGCUAAUGAUGAUCAGCCAGUUAUUGAAAAUUUUGAUUAA